AUGGCCUCUCGAAGCAGCACCUCCUCUCCAGAUCCCUUGGGAUACCCAGGCGAUCCGGAAUAUCUCCUCUCGUCCGCCAAAAAGCCGUUCCCUCAACGAAUCAUGUCACCGCAAAAGCGCGGAACCCCACGACGUGGACGACCACCGCUACAUCAAAAGAGCUACCAGUCUCCAAAGAAAAGUGCGAAGAAAAACGGCCAAACGAUACGAUUAGAAGAUAUUAUACUGCCUUCCACGCCAUCGGGAAAUUCGAGAGCGACGCGUUUCGACCGGAGAUCGCUGUCCCCAACCAAGGCUAUCCUGCAGUCAGACGGUAACAUUAGUCCAUGGCGCAUACGAGUCACUGUUGAGGCUGAACAAGAAGACGAAGAAGACGGGGGGCAUGCCAUGAAGCAAAAGCGACUCGGGCCAUGGGUUGACGGUAAGACAGUGAAGGUACCAUUGAAGGGGACUUCUUCGACGGAACCAACACCAAAGAGGCGCCGGCGACGAAAGAGCAGGACUGACAUUGCAGAAAGACCUCCUACACCGGGGCCUAAAAAGGGCGAUAUGCCUACAGAAGCAACCUCGGCGACAAUUGAGAAUGGACAAGUGACCGGGGUUCAAGAGAACACAGAGGCGGUAGAGGAUGUUAUAUCCAGCGUGGAGGAUAAUGCCCUUCCGCAGGAUUUGGACGAACCGACUCAGGGUUUUGGAGAUGUUUUUUUUGGAUUUGGCGGCUGA